AUGAAGACUACGUCUCUCAUCACUGCCGCUCUAGCCGGUGUUGUGAUUGCUCGCCCCGGUAUGGACAUCAAUAAGAUGAUGGCCGAUGCCAAGCUCGAGGCUCGCCAAGCGGACGGUGGCGGUCCUUCGACAGAGCUUAUUGGCGAUCUUGCCACGCUUCGGGGCCGCGAACUCACUGCGACCGGCCAGGCAAUCAAAGAUAUCUUGACUGCCGAGGCUCCAGGGCAGGACCUGAAAAGCUUUUACGAUGACUCCGAUCUUCCGCCCAAGAACUCGGCGGAGUGCAGAGAGGACGAUUGUUGCAUCUGGAAGUACAUUGCCGACGAUAUGGCCGCACAAAUGGUGGGCAAUGCCGGCCGUUGCAACAAUGUCGCGCGUGGUGCUAUUCGCCUUGGUUUCCAUGACGCGGCAUCUUGGUCCAAAUCCACCGGCGGCACUGGCGCCGAUGGCUCCAUCAUUCUUGCCAACGAGUGCAAGACGCGUUCUGACAACAAAGGCCUCGAGGAGAUCUGCGAUAUCAUGGAGGGCUGGUUUGCCAAGUACAAAAGGUACAAGAUCUCCAUGGCCGAUUUAAUCCAGACUGCGUCCAACGUUGCCACCGUCUCCUGCCCCUUGGGACCCCGAGUCCGCACCUUCAUUGGUCGCAAAGACUCGACGACGCCGUCGGUGAAGAAGCUCUUGCCGGAUCCAUCCGACAGCUCAGCCAAACUGUUCAAGCUCUUUGCAGACAAAUCCUUCACGCCAGCGGGCCUCGUCGCUCUGAUGGGCGCGCACAGUACGAGCCAGCAACGCUUCGUUGAUCCCUCGCGCGCCGACUCGCCUCAAGACAGUACGCCAGGAACGUGGGAUAUCGCCUACUACCAGCAGACGCUCAACCCCAAUGCUCCUCCUGCCGUCUUCAAGUUCCAGAGCGACAUCAACGUUUCCCAGGAUCCUCGCACCAAUGGGGUCUGGAAGGCAUUCGCAGCGGGGCCGCGCGGUCAGUUCAUGUGGAACGAGGCGUAUGCGACAGAGUACGUCCGCAUGUCUCUGCUCGGUGUCAACAACAUCAACGACUUGACCGAAUGCACCAAGGCCCUACCGCCUUUCCGCCCGGGCUUCCAGCAGCCUGAUGAAGAUCUGCUGACAAAGGUCAUGGGGAGCGUCAUCAACUCUGAAGCCAUCAAGCAGGCCCUCGAAAAGGGUGACAAGAUUCCUCCUAAUGCCAUAUAG